AUGGAGACGGAGAAGUUGCAGAAGUGGGAUAAGGUGGAUGUUGAGAAGGCGUUGGAGAUCGGAACUGGUCCCGCACUCAACCUCAAAUGGCCCGCGACCGUCGCCCACCGCAUCGACGAGGUCAUCGCCCAGAACCCCACGGCGGUCGCCCUCAAGGACGGCCUCGGAAACGUCCUGACGUACGCCCAAAUGGACGCCCGCGUUGAGAGCAUCGCCAACGCCUUGAAUGUCCGCUUGCCGAACAACGCUGACGGCAAGGCCCCCGUGGUCGGUGUCUUCCAGGCCCCCUCAGCGGACUGGAUCUGCUCCCUCGUUGCCAUCCACCGUGUCGGUGCGGUCUACCUUCCCCUGGAUCUCCGCAACUCGAUCCCGCGCCUGAAGAGCAACGUCGCCGUGGCACGCCCAGCUGCGCUCCUUGUCGACGCUGAGACCGCAAGCCGCGUCGGUGAACUUGAAAUCAAGGAUGCCGUCCCCGCCAUCGACGUGUCCCGCCUCGCCGCCGACACUAAAGGCAAGAAACCCACAAACACCGCCGCUGCCCGGGCCGACCAGCCCGCCUACAUCAUCUUCACCAGCGGCUCGACCGGUGAGCCUAAGGGCAUCGUCGUGACCCACGCCGGUCUACGUAAUAACCUCGAGGGCUACCACAACGCGUGGAACAUCCCCUCGCUUGCCGGCGUUGUCCUCCAGCAGGUCUCAUUCGGCUUCGACGCUCUCUCUGCUUCAGAUCUAUGCCUGCGCUAA